CUUUUUCGACUAACCAUGACGAAGAAGAGGCGCAGGCGCACGCAUAUUCGAGAGACGGGUACGUCUCUGCCAGUCAUGGCUGCUUUGAUUCAAAGUUUGCUGGAAGAAAUCUCCAGAAUAGAAGAUCCAGUUGAGGAGUUACAGAGCUUAAAAACGGCGCUGCUUUCUAUAUCUGUCAGUGCAUUGAGAGACUCAGUGAGCGGACAACGUCUGGAUGUAAUAUUUUCUCUGCUCAGCUCCAAUGACAGGCAGCAAGUGGAGCUUUGUGUGGAGAUUCUGGACCGGAUCCUGAUGGCCCUCAGCCCUCUUUAUCUGGUCCAGAACUACAGGACAGAGCUGCAGGGAGGUUUGACCCAUCCAAAUGAAACCGUGAAGAUUCUGGCUUUAACUCAGAUUGGCAGAAUGGUGGAUCAUCCAGACGCCGCCACAGAAAUCCUCAACAACGAGGACAUUCUAAAAGCUGUUAUCCUCUGCAUCGGAGAGGAAAAGAUGUCUGUGGCAAAACAGGCAAUUAAAUCUUUGUCUAAACUGAGUUACUCCAAACCUGGAUUGGACAAAUUAUUCCACAGCGAACUUCUUAAAGUGAUAAAACAAGUGAUGGGUACAAGUGACAUCAUUCGAUACCGAGUGUAUGAGCUUUUGGUGGAAAUCUCCUCAGCAUCUCCAAUUUCUCUUGGUUACUGUGCCAACACUGGCCUUAUUUCCCUGCUGCUCAGUGAACUGACCGGUGAUGAUGUGCUGAUUAGGGCCACAGCCAUAGAGAUGGUAACCUCACUGGCUCACAGUCAACAUGGCCGACAGUAUUUGGCUCAGCAGGGGAUAAUGGAUAAGAUCUCUAACAUGAUCAGAGGGGCAGAGACAGACCCCUUCUCCUCCCUCUACCUUCCAGGUUUGGUGAAAUUCUUUGGAAACCUGGCCAUUAUGGACAGUCCACAGCAGGUUUGUGAGUCCUACCCGGUGUUCCAGAGCAAAGUGUUUGAGAUGGCUCUUGAUACGGACCCGGCAAUGAUCGGAGUGGCCCUGGAUACUUUGGGAUUACUUGGAUCUACAGUGGAGGGGAAGCAGGUUCUUCAGAAAACGGGGGAAAACGUCAAGGCUGUGUUGUUGAGGAUGAGCCAGCUUGCCAGUUCAGGGGCUACAGAUCUCAGAGUGCGCAGUUUGGACGCCCUUUCCCAACUUCUGACACUGAUGCCAGAGCAGCAAACCGAAGACCUACUGGCCCUGACAGAGUCCUGGUUUCUCCUUUUGUCUAAAGAGCCAAUGGAGAUGAUUCGCAGCAUCAGCACUCAGCCUUUUCCAGAGCUGCACUGCGCGGCUCUGCGAAUAUUCACGGCCAUUGCCACUCAGCCAUGGGGUCAGAGGCUGAUGAUGAGCACUCCAGGGUUCAUGGAGUUCCUCUUGGACCGCUCAACUGGUCAAACAAAGGAGGCCAAAGACUCCAAGUUUGAACUGGUGGGCUCACUGGCUGGUUCCUCCACAGCAGCAGAGAUUCUGGGCAGUCAGCAUUACCUCCGUCUGAAGACUUACCUCAGAGAAGGACCUUAUUACAUCUCAGCUGUGGCCUCAGUGAGCACAGAAGGAGCCGACUGACCCACAAUUCUUCGGUCCCACUUUGAAGGGCUUUUGCUUAAGUUAUCAGUACUUUUUUUUUCAAGUUAUGUAACUGGAUCAGCAUCUUCAGCUCUACUAUUUUAAGCAUAUAAACUUACAAGAACUUUUGGAAACUGCAACAAGUCAUUUUAUGGUAUUUUUCUGAUAAAUAAACCACACCUUAUUUGGGGCAAGAGAAAACUCAAUACAGAUAAUAAACAAAAAACGGAAAUAAAAAAUUAAUUGUUGAUACAACCAAAUAUGUUUUA